GGCCCAGGGAGCGAGGAGGCUGCAAUGGACCAGCCAAUCAUGGCCAUCACCUCCACCGCAAAGCCAACCCAGAAGACAUCAUCUUUUGAAAGAGAAGGAUGGUGGAGAAUAGCAUUAACAAACACUCCUAAUCCUGGCACUUACCACUUGAAAACUUUUAUUGAAGAAUCUCUAUUAAAUCCAGUGAUAACAACCUACAGUUUUAAAAACGAAGGAAGGAAAAAACCAUCUCUUGUGCAAAGAAAUGAUCUGGUACUAAAUGACCUUCCCCAGUACGUGCCUCCUGACUUCUUGGACUUGUUAAAGAAGCAAGUGGCUACUUACUCGUUUAAAGACAAACCGCGGUCAAGUCCCAGUAUGCUGGUUUACAGAGAUAAGUCAGUUAAGCUUUCACCAGGGCAAUAUGAGCUACUUCCUGCACCAGUUGCCAAGCAUGCUUCCAGGAGCUUUGUAUUUCGUUCUACAGUUCAAAGGUUUCCAACAGGCUGCUUCAUUCCUCAUGAAGGCCCAGGACCAGGUCAUUAUAACUUGAAAAUACCUGCAGCAUGUUCUGUUACUUCUUGUUUUCAAUCCAGAGUACCUCGGUUCUUGCCUGCCUGUUCCAAAACCCCGGGCCCAGGAGCAUACACGGCUUCAGGACAAUUCCCCAAGCAGCCCCGGACCAUAGCCAAAAUGGGCCGAGAACAUAGCCUUUUCUUCAACAACACAAUUGGCUUUUAAAAUAAACCCAUCUUGGCCCUACGCAACUUUUAGUUUUAGCGGGUUUGACCACAGACCACAAUUGAUUGCCUGGGGUGACCACCCAGCCCGCUUAUCUGGAAUAGUCCCAGCACCAUGUCCAGUUCACGCUCAGAAGUUUCC